UGUUACUUUCCACCCCCCUCCUCUACACAUCACGCCCUCCACCACGAAUCCACUCCAGUUCACUUCUUCAUCAUGGCGUUCGGGGAGUGCUGCCGGAGUUGGUUGCUCCUGUCUGCGCUUCUGUAACCGCGUAUUCCCCGGCGAUUAAAGUUUUUUUUUUUUACUAUUGGUAAAUCAGGAUACAGAGAGGCUUUGGAAAACAAUUCCUAAAACAUUGGACUCCCGACGAGUCUCCGAACACAUCUUUACUAAGUUAGCCAGCUAGCACAUUCCUUGCUUGCGCUAGCAGAGAGGGGUCUAUAGAGAAAUUCAGUUUUGAGAGGGGAGCUGGACGGAGGCCUUUUCUGAGCUAAAUGCUGACGCUAUGGCCAUAACCUCGGCAUGGGAGUGACGUGACAGAUUCCACAGUUUCCCGACACAAAGCUCAACACCUCCGCGAUGCCCGUAGCACGGAAGUAGAAGCAACCACACACAGAGGAGAGGACGGCGAGAAUGGACGAAUCGGUGUUGUUGGACUUGCUGGAGUGCCCGGUGUGUCUCGAGCGUCUGGACGCCUCGGCUAAGGUCCUACCGUGCCAGCACACGUUCUGCCGGCGAUGCCUUCAGGGCAUCUUGGGCUCGCGGGGGGAGCUGCGGUGCCCAGAGUGCCGGACGCUCGUGGAAUGCGCAGUGGACGAGCUACCCAGUAAUAUCCUCCUGGUACGGCUUCUCGACGGGAUCAAACAACGGCCUCGGAGGCCCGGCCCCGCCACCGGCGUCUGUGCCAACGGCACGGCUGUUCCCGGGGUCAGGGUGCAAUCCGUCGGGCCGAGGGAGCAGGGGACACCUGGAGCGCAGCUUCAGAGAACCCAGUCCAAGAGCACGCCCGUGAGGAGUGUCCUCCAGCUGCCCUGUGCCAAGGCCCUCUACAACUACGACGGCAAGGAGCCGGGCGACCUGCGCUUCUCCAAGGGCGACCUCAUCAUCCUGCGCCGCCAGGUGGACGAGAACUGGUACCACGGCGAGCUGGGCGGCGUCCACGGCUUCUUCCCCACCAACUUCGUCCAGGUCAUCAAGCCCCUCCCCCAGCCGCCGCCGCAGUGCAAGGCCCUGUACGACUUUGAGCUCAAGGACAAGGAAGCGGACAAGGACUGCCUCCCCUUCUCCAAGGACGAUGUGCUGACGGUGAUCCGAAGAGUGGACGAAAACUGGGCCGAGGGCAUGCUGGGGGAUAAGAUAGGGAUCUUUCCCAUAUCCUACGUGGAGUUCAACUCCGCCGCCCGGCAGCUGAUCGAGCUGGACAAGCCGUCGGACCCCGGCGGGGACUCCGGGGAGGGCGGGGCCUCGUCCUCCGGGGCCCCCCAGACCAACGGCGGGCCGCGGGACAAGAAGAACACCAGGAAGCGCCACUCGUUCACCUCCCUCACCAUGUCCCACAAGCCCUCGCUGGCCGCCCCGCCCCAGAGACACUCCAUGGAGAUCAGCGGGCCGGUGCUCAUCAGCUCCUCCAACCCCACGGCCGCCGCCCGCAUCGGGGAGAUGAGCGGGGGGCUCUCCUGCAGCGCACCUUCACAGGUUCACAUCUGCACCACUGGACUCAUUGUAACCCCGCCCCCUAGCAGCCCCGUCACCACGGCAACCGUCUUCACGUUCCCCCCGGAGACCAGCUACGCAUCCAUCCCUGUGGAUGCCCUCCCCCCUCCCCCUCCUCCGCCCCCCCAGUCCUCGGCGCUGGGAGCUGCCUCGUCAUUGGCUGCCGGCCAGAGAUCCUCCCCCUGCACCAGCGACCAGGGCAGCAGACAGAGGCCCACCGUCUACGUGGCCCUGUUCCCCUACACCCCCCGUAAAGAGGAUGAGCUGGAGCUGCGUCGGGGACAGAUGUUCCUGGUUCUGGAGCGCUGUCAGGACGGCUGGUUCAAGGGCACCUCCAUGCACACGGGCCGCAUAGGAGUGUUCCCCGGCAACUACAUGAGUCCCGUCAGCAGGACUGUGUCAGGGAGUGUUCAGCCCAAGCUGCCCCAGAGCGGGACCCCCCCGGCCGGCCGCGGCACCUCCAUCCCCUCCACCUCCUCCAGCACCCCUGGCCUUGACAACAAGCCCCUCCCCUCCCUGUGCCCGGGCCCCGCCAGUCCCCUACCCACUGCCACGGCAACGCCCGCUGCAGUGGCAACCAGCCAGCAGCCCAAAGUCCUGGUCAACUCUCAGAUGACUGUCAACCAGGCACGCAACGCUGUCAGAACGGCAGCGACCCAGGACCGCCCCACGGUCGCCGUGACGCCCCUCCAAUCCCAGAAUCCCCAGCCACACCUCUCCGUCUGCCUGGUCUCCUCCUGCCCCGCCCCCUCCUGCCCCGCCCCCCCGCGCUCCUCCUCCGUGGCGCUGGGCUGUGCCGCCGCCUCGCUGACGCCGCCCAACGUCAGCGCAGCCUCCCUGGAGGUUGCCCCCGGCAACGGUGCCGCCGCGCCUGGAAACGGCGCGCCCGGAAACGGCGGGGCCACGCCCGGCAACGGGGCUUCCCUAGCCUGUCGACUGGACAAGGACGGCAAGAGAGAGAAGAAGGGUCUACUGAAACUCCUGUCGUCCAACAAGAGGAAGGCUCGCCCCUCCCCUCCCUCCUCCCCCACGCUGGGGGCGGAGCUUACGGCUGGCGAGGGGCUCCCUGGGGCGUUAAGCCCCGAGACCGCCCCCUCCUCCUCCUCCGUCUCCCCAGGCAACCACAGUGGCAGCCGUGUGGAGCCCGAUCCUUCAUCAUCCUCCUCCUCAGCACCUGACUCCUCCCAGCGCAGGCCCAGCCCCCUGGACGUGUGCGCCCCCAUAGCUCCGCCCCCUCGCCAGGCAUGCUCCUCCCUCCUCUCCCUGCAGCACGACGCCCGGCCAAUCAUAUGCGAAAGGUACAGGGUGGUGGUGUCCUACCCCCCCCAGAGCGAGGCGGAGCUGGAGCUGAAGGAGGGGGACGUGGUGUUUGUCCACAGGAAGCGCGAGGAUGGCUGGUUCAAGGGCACCCUGCAGAGGAACGGACGCACAGGCCUGUUCCCUGGCAGCUUUGUGGACAGCAUCUGACACACACGCACACUAUAUACAGAAACUACACACUAUACAAACAAUAUACACACUAUAUAUACACACAAAAACUAAACACAAACUAACACUGAACAUGCACACAGAUACAAUACAUAUUCCCAUGCGCACACACAGCACAAACUAAACACAUACAAUCACUGCACACACACAGACACACACGCACACCCCCCCCCCAUGCUAGACCAGGAGCACCACAGGGACUCCUCCGACCAUAACCGCCUCCCACCUGGUUGCCGUGCUGAACUCUCGCGGUUACCAUGGCGGCGAGAUGAGGCGGCCCCGAUGGCCCCAAGCGGGGGACUAUUCUGGGAUGGCUCCUACCAGCGGGGGGCUGUCUCCAGAGCAGCUUGCAGAGGCGCUGGAGGAGAGCACAGGACUCACUGAUCUCCCUUAUUUAUGUUCUUGUAAACAACCAGAUGUUAAUUGUGUGCCUUGUAACUGUUCCUCACUUUAUUGUAUAUAUGGAAACUUGAGAUUGUGAUCGAAAGUGACGUAAACAAACGCUAUGAACCGUUGAUGGAC